UUACAGUAGGUUUAUAAAUGAGGAGGUGAUUUUAUUAGUGUAUAAAGAAAAUAAUCUGAUAAAAAAAAUAAUGUCUAAUUCAACAUUAGUGGUGUUUGAUCUCGAUUACACCUUGUGGCCGUUCUUUAUCGACAACUACUACAAUUCUUCAUUCCACAUAGAUCAAAGUGGUAAAGUGGUGGAUUCCAUGAACGGUCACGUGAAGCUUUAUGAAGACACUAAAGAGGUUCUGCGUUCUUUACACUCACAGGGAUUCCAGCUUGCUGUGGCAUCACGUGCAGAAGAUUUUGACGGAGCCACUGAGCUGCUGUCGGUCUACGAUCUAAACCAGUACUUUUCCUACAAGGAAAUUUACGAGGGGUCAAAGGUCAAUCACUUCAGAAGGUUACAGGAAGACAGUGGGGUUCCCUACACAGAUAUGAUUUUCUUUGAUGAUGAUAUGUGGAACAUCUCUGAGGUCAGAAGGCUUGGUGUUUACUGUGUGCUGGUGCAUGAUGGGAUAACCUGCAAACUGGUGGACGAGGAGCUUCAGAAGUUCAUGAAGAGGAACUGAAGAUGGAACUGCGGUGUUUACCGUGUCCAGUAGGGGGCAGUACGGUCACACAGCUCAUAACUCAGUACUGUAACACAUGGUGGAACAUUUAUUGUUUAUUUUAUUUAAUCAUAAUGUUGCUAAGAUAAAAGGUUUAAAUACUGUUA